AUGUCGAGCAGUCAGUGGCGAGCGAGUGAUUGGAAUAGAGAGAUGUAUGACCGGCGACAUCGCGAUCCGAAAGAGUGUAUUGUAGGCUACGAGGCCCCGAGAGAUGGGAACGUCGACGACCUUGUCAAUGCGCAUCGUGGCAAGAACCUUGACGUGUUGAUGGCCAUGUCCGCGUAUGCUACAGUGACGGAGCGUCAAAAGAGGCAAGGCGUUCUCUGGCAUGACUGUAGGCUGGACGUGAGGGUACCGGUGCAGGUAGACCCAGGCACAGAUGUCAGCGUGAAGACGAUCACCGAAUUGUCGUUCGAGACCGCGUUUCACGCGCUGAACGUAGUCGGACCCGUUACGUCUACCUCCAAGGUCACUACCUCUGGUCCGUCGUCGCAGACUGAAGUGCGCAUGCAAGCCGUAGUUGGGAACGCAAAACUGGGCUGUGUGGCUGAGGUACGCAAACAGCAUUCCGAGGGCAAAAGGGAUCAUGUGAACGCACCGGUAAGGCAGAGCCUGCAUUCUGCUAUAAUGGGAUACCCUGAUGAUAUGACUCUGACGUGGUCGUGGUGUUCACAUUCCAAUAAUGCGCGCAUGAAUUUGAGUACUCCCAAUAUGCGAACCAAUUAUUUCAUUAACAAGCCUUUAGCGAUACACAACCUUGAACAAAUGAUACGCAUGCCUCCUGUCGAGCCCGAGGAUGAGUGUGCAGAGACGAUUCAAUAG